UACUUCGACAAAAAUUAAAUAAUUUUAAAUGACAAAACGAAUAAAAAUGUUUCUGCUCUAAAAAGAUUACAUCACAAUUCCUAUUGAAUAUUUCAUAUAAACUGUGGCGUAAGAAAAAGAUCCUAAUUAUAUACAGAAAUUUGUGGACCUAACCAAACAAUGUUGACAGUUCAUUACUGGUAAAACAACAUUGGUAACCAGUACAUAAUAGAUUCAUUAAAUAUUUAUCAUAACAACAGCAUCAGGGAAAUGGAGAAAACAGAUUUAAACACGAAGCGUUACCGUCUUUCGAAACAAGAUCAUGAUUUUGCUAAUUUGUGCCUAUCAGAUUCGAACACUCCAAGAAAUACGCUUGAAAUGAACAAUGAAAAUUUAGUUUUCCAUCAAAAUGAUCUAUGCUACUCAGCUUUUCCCAUAAUGGAAGAAAUCAGACGACAGGGAAAACUUUGCGAUGUUGUUUUGAGGGUGGAUGGUCAACAGUUUAGUGCCCACAGAAUCGUCCUAUCUGCAACAAUUCCAUAUUUUAAGGCCAUGUUUACCAAUGACAUGGUGGAAGCCAGAAAUAAAGAAAUUGAAUUGAAUUGUAUAGAUGCCACAGCGUUGGAGGCUCUGGUGAAUUUCGCCUACACAGGUAGAGUUAUAUUGGACAAAAACAACGUGCAGAGCAUUAUGAUCGGUGCAUCGUAUCUGCAGCUGAAUAAAGUGAGGGACGCUUGUGCGAAUUAUUUGCUGCAAAGAAUACAUCCACAAAACGCGUUGGGAUUUAAACACUUCGCCGAAUCGCUUGGUUGUGCAACGUUGGCGGAUUCGGCAGAGAAAUACAUUGAAUCAUACUUCCACGACGUGUCACAACACGAAGAAUACCUGAAUCUCACCCUUAAUGAAGUCAAGGAACUAUUAAACAAGAACAAUCUGCGAGUAGACAGUGAAGAACAAAUUUUUGAAGCAUGCAUGCGCUGGGUAAAGCACAACGAGACCCGCAAAGACCACUUGCCCCAGCUUUUGUCUUUAGUGCGGUUGCCCUUGUUGUCACCGGUUUUCAUUGCGGACCGGGUGGGAACGGAAGACCUCAUCAGAUAUUCUCUUCAAUGUAGAGAUCUUGUAGAUGAGGCUCUCACAUUUCACCUUAUCCCAGAAAGGCGGUCGUUGAUGCAGAGCUUCCGGACGGAGCACCGCGUGUGCGAUGUAAAAGGCUAUAUUUAUGUAGUGGGUGGUUUGAACAAACACGGGGAUUCCCUUUCGACAGUGGAGUAUUAUGAUCCGAAGACGAAUAAGUGGAAUAUCGCCCCGCCCAUGUCGAUGAUGCGGUCGCGAUUAGGCGUUGCGGUGCUCGACAGCAAAUUGUACGCUUUCGGCGGUUACAACGGCAAAGAUCGUUUGGCUAGCGUGGAAGUAUAUGACGCCAUCAAGAAGGAAUGGUCCAUGGUGUCGCCGAUGCAGUGCAAAAGAAGCGCCUUAGGGGCGACCGCCCACGGCGAUAUAAUUUACGUAUGCGGCGGAUACGACGGAGUUACAUCGCUGAAUUCAGUGGAGAGAUACCACCCCAGCACGAAUUCCUGGUGCUCAUUGGCUCCGAUGAACAAGUCCAGGAGUGCUGGGGCUGUUAUCGCUUGUCUGGGGUAUAUUUAUGCGUUGGGCGGACACGACGGACUGUCCAUUUUCGAUUCGGUUGAGAGAUACGAUCCAAACACCAACACAUGGAGUGAAGCUCCUCCAAUGCUCACCAAAAGAUGUCGAUUGGGAGUUGCAAUGCUGAGUGGUAAACUGUACGCUUGCGGUGGUUACGACGGAAGUUCUUUCCUUCAAACUGUUGAAGUGUUCAAUCCCCAAACGAACAAGUGGAGUUAUGUAGCACCGAUGAAUGCACAGCGCAGUCGAGUUGCUCUGACUGCAAAUAUGGGUAAACUUUGGGCGGUUGGCGGUUAUGACGGGAUAUCGAAUUUGGUCACAGUUGAGGUUUACGAUCCCAAAGCUGAUAAGUGGUCCUACGUUGCUGAUAUGAUCGCUCACGAAGGUGGAGUAGGAUUGGGUGUCAUUUCUAUUCAGUAAGAUAUCAAUUUCGAUACAACCUUGCCAUGACGAGCCGAAUAAUCUCAUUUAAUUUUUACAGUAUUUUUAUUUUUUCUUUACUUAUUUAUAUUUAAUUUCUAUAUGAUUUAGGUGUGUUGUCGAAAUUGUAAAUUAUUUAGCUUUAAGUCGAUUAUUUUUCCAAAAAAGACUGUAACACUUCUGAAUCGAAUUCACGGUUUUUAUAUGUUAGAUAAUAAUCUGACAUACAACAAACUGUGACAGUGUUCUUUAUUGCCAUAUAUAUAUUUACCACGACAAGUUCUGUAAUAAAUAAACGCUGACAUUGCAUUUCUGAAAACAAUUCCUUGGAAAGUUGGGUUCCAGACUAGUCAAAAACAAAUUUGAUUGAUUGAUUCGCAAAUGAAAUUUUGUUAUAAUUAAAAUAAUGUUUGUGAUAUUUACUAGAAUUUAAUAUUAAUUUGUAUAAUAACAAAAAAGUAUAUACAUAAUCUUUAAAACUGA